UUUCUUUUAUUUAUGCUUGAAACUGUUGAUUUACACGAAUACAGGGCUUUCUGUUUUAGAGGUGAAGGGCGUUGUAAUAUAGUUAUUAGUGCAAAAGGGAGGACAGAUAAUUUAAGAAUUGUUUGGAGAUUAGCAAAAAAGAGACGUUCUAAUUUAAUUAAUUUUAAACCAAAAUGUGACAUAAUAAAUAAAUAUAUGGAACAAUUUAUUUCUCCUUUUCUAGAUGAUAAUUAUUUAAUUAAAGCCAAACUUGUAAAUAUUAAUUCUGAUGAAUUACAUCAUUUAGCUAAGAUUCCUUCUCUUCCAAAAAAUCACAAAAUUGAAGAUUUUAAUGAAUUAAUUUCUACUUAUCCAACAAAUUCUUCUCGUUUUCCUCACAAAUCCCAUAAUUGUUCGAGAACAAUUCUUGCCCUUGAAAUGCCUGAUGCUACUCGAAUACCCCGUCCAAAUGCUCAUUGUUUUGGGCCAACAAUUACUUUAGAAAUUAAACCUAAGCAAGGCUAGAUUUUGUUUUUAUUUUAAAUAAUUUUUGAAUGUUUUUUAGG